AGAACGCCGGUAGACAUCGGUAGACAAAGUGAAUAAUAAUAUUAUGUAAUCGUCUGUAUAAGCAAUAAACAGACGCGUCUAUAACUAUUGUUUAGUUGAAGCUGCUUGCAUUCAUCUCCGCGCAAUAAAUUCUAAAACGUUCCUCCCAUUUUUGCGAUGGCUUGGAUGUGGAUCGCGUUGUUCUUGCUGGGUACCGCUGAUUCAGGGCUGGCUGAUGUCAUUUCGUGCUAUAACUGCAAUGGCACGGUGGAGCAAGCCGGCGCAGCUGGAACCGCUUGUGGCUGGUACAAAGGAUGGACGCCGUCCAACCUAGACAAGCGGACCGGCAUCGUCUGUCCGGAGGGAGUUUGCUUCACUCUUAUGAUGGGCGGCACUGGUCAAGUGGGGACCAUAUAUCGCGGCUGUGGCUUGGUAACCUGCGAUAAGCUGCCGCGUGGCUGGGAGAAGCAGGAAGUGUGUGAUAGCACUGCGAACAAAGUCAAAACGCCGUCCGUGAAUGAAAAUGAGAAGUUCAACGACAUCCGCGUAUUUCUAGCCACCUUGCCCGGCAACGUGAAUGUCAGCAGUCUGCAGUACUGCGAUAAAGACUGGUGCGGUACGGGCGGCGAACUGAUUGCCCAACGCUUCACCACAGCGUUAGAAGCUGCCUCUGCGCCACCGGCUGACACGACGACACCAGCGCCACUCGCUCCUGUCGUGAUACCGGUGGUGGUACCGCCACUGGCUACGAAAUCUGUCAACAACGGAACUGCCGCGCGAUAUCAGUCAACCAAUCAGCCGGCGAAUAACGGAGCGGUGGCGGUGACCGUUGUUACGAGCGGCAUGUCAGUGCCCAGCAUUCCGUCAGUAAACAGCUGCAUUCAAUGUUUGAGUUUGGUUACGGAAGAAUGUGGUCUGCAAAGCCCGGGCGAUGAACAAGCACAACGGGUGGCAUGCAAUGCCGGAUACUGCUUUACUUACGUGAAGACCGAAGCCGGGUCUAUACCGUUCGUCAUGCGCGGCUGUGGUGGCGUCCUGUGCAACUUGAUUCCUGGUUUCGGCGGCUCCAGCGUCCCUUGUGAUGACCACAGCCGGUUGAUACCAUUGAACACCACAGCUGGCCGGCUGUUCAACGAAAUGCGCUUCUUUUACACGCCCAAGCUGGCAGCACAGAGCGGAGCGGUACAGUACUGCAACAACGGGCCAAACUGCAAUGCCGGGCCUAUUCCCGUUUAGAAGCAAAAACACUGCCGUUAGUUGGAUAACAUAACUGAAUUGUUUUCUGCGCCAUAAAAAACGAACCGUUCCAGUUGCUUGCUGUAACGCCGAAAACGUUUCUUGCGUGAAAAAAUAAAAGU